AUGGCUGAAAGACGCCCAUCCCAGCCAGUUGACUCCAGCCGAGGCCCAACCUUGUUGUACAUAGCAGGAUGGUACUUCUUCUCCAUGUCGAUCUCCGUGUACAACAAGUGGAUGUUUGGCAGUGGACUUGACUUUAAGUUUCCCUUGUUUGUCACGGCUUUCCACCAACUAUGCCUAUUUUGUUUAUCGGCCCUGGUGCUAUAUUUUCGCCCAUUGCUUCGUCCCACCGUCAAUGGAUCAUUAUCUGGGUUCUGGUCCUCACUAGCGAUAGCUCCAGAGCGCUAUGCUCGUCAAAUACUACCUUGCGGCAUAACUUCUGCUGGUGACAUUGGUUUGAGUAACCUCUCAUUCAGUUAUAUUUCCCUUUCGCUUUAUACUAUGCUCAAAACAUCCAGUCUCAUCUUCGUAUUGAUCUUUGGCCUCAUAUUCCGUCUAGAGCGUUUUAAUUGGCGAUUAAUCGUCAUCGUAGUCGUGAUGACUGGAUCAGUGAUGAUGAUGACCCAAAAACCCGACCUUGAUGAUAAUAAUGAGGCUGCUGAUGAUGACCAUAAUCCGAUUGGCAUUGUGUUGGUGAUGGCUGCGUCUGCCAUAUCAGGCUUACGUUGGUCCUUCACUCAAUUGUUGCUAAAGAAAAACGAUCACACCAAACAUCCAAUACUGACGAUAUUUUAUAUCUCUCCAGCUAUGAUAGUGAUACUACUUGUCACUGCAAUUCUUGUGGAACGAUGGUCUGCAUUUGUCUCACUGCCGAUUUGGGCAAUUCAUGGUGUUCUAGGUGUGCUAGGCUUGAUGUUGGUGCCAGGCUUCUUGGCAUUUAUGAUGACAUUAUGUGAAUUCAAAUUACUAUCCGUUGCACAAGUCUUGACCUUGUCGAUCGCAGGUAUUUUCAAAGAACUUCUAACAAUAAUGCUCGGUCUGCUUCUAUUUGGCGAUAGACUUAGUCUAAUAAAUUGCGUGGGAUUGGUAAUAACAUUUCUCGAUAUACUAUGGUACAAUUAUUAUAGAUACCAGGAGACGGGUGCCGCAAACAUCAAUCAAAGUUAUACUGCGGUGCCCUCUAGCUCUCCUGAUGAUAUCAGUCUCGAAUCUGGCUCUGAUGCAAUUGAAUUAAAACAACAAUGA